AUGAAUUUAAAAAGCCUUCAGGAUGGCAUUUCUGAAAAAUUCAAAAUUCAGAAAAAAAGAUACAAGAUGACAGCUCAAGAAAUGCAUAUAGAACUUAAAGAGUUCGUACAAUCUGAAGAAAUUGAUAAUAAUGACAUACUCCAAGUAUCUACAAUUCAUAACUGGAUUGGUAGAUAUUCUAGAGAAUUUUAUCAUGAAGGGACAUUAAUUGCACUUGAGAUAUUCAAUGCCAAUGGCUUUUCCUCAAAUGGUGAACUUUGA